UUUUAGCAUUUGUUUUUUUUUUCAUUGUCCAUACAGGAUAUGUCUGUUUGGCAUUACAUUACUAAGAGUUUGUUGAGUUAUUUUGAGUGAAAAAUAUUGUUUUGGAACUAAAAAGCAACAAGGAUUCUCAGUUGUAGUACAAGUGUGUAUUAAUUGUCUAGAAAUGAGUAAGCAUAAUUCCAAAAAUCCAAAUUAUUCAAGUUAUUUAAUGGAAAAUUAUGAACAAAUGCUGCGUACAAUGAAUCUUCGAUUGGAUAAAUUAGGUUGUAAAUACCCAGGAAUUGAAAAAUAUAAGUAUAACGGUUUCGUUAUUGAACCAGCCGGGAAAGAUGACGCGGCAUGUUUGAAAAAGCAUGUUUUUAAGUCUGGCUUAGGCUAUAAAUCAGAUGAUAGUGACUUCAAUGAUAUGGGUAGUGGUUGGAAAUAUUAUAAGGGCUCUGUUGAAAAGGAUGAAUCCAGUGAUGAAUCUUCUGACACCGAAAUUGAAGAGGCGGCCGAAGAAACUAAAAAUAAUCAGCCCGUAGAUUUUACUAUAUUCAUACGUGAUUUACAUGUACGUUUGAAGGAUAAAUUCCAAGCGUUAAAAUGUCAGGCCUGUGCUGCUUACAAGAGAAAAAAAAUUUUCAUGAUUUAUGGUAAUUUUAAUGCUGUACGAACGAUUUUACUUAUGCGUGGAUGGUUGGAAAAACACACUCCAGCACUUGAGAAUGAGUUUAAAGGAUCUAAAUUAGAGGAAAUUCUAAAUUUAGCAGCUAAAGGAAAUAAAUAUGAAGCUGCAUUUUUAUCAAAAUUAAUGCUCGGAUAUCCAGCCUAUUUUGUCUGGCAAACAAAAUCGCAGGAAGACUUUUUCAAGAAAUGCUAUCCAUUUAGGAAUAUUAUACGACGUACUGCAAGAUUGGAUUUUACCUCUAAAAUUGGUUUGAUCAAAUGUGCUGAACGUACUUUACAUAAUCGUUCAGACGGCAAAUGUGUGCUGAAUUUUCCCCGAUUCUAUAGGCUGUCUGGUGAGUUUGAAGAAAGCGACAAGUUCAUCAGGGAUUUUUAUAGCACGCAAUGUAGGAAUUUUAUACGAUUCAUAGUAAGGUACGAUAAAUAUUACGCGAAAAUCAUAGAUGAAUACAAAGGCAGUAUACCAGAAGCAACAAUCUUGUUUGCUCUUCAAUCUUUGGAAAAUCAAUUUCUAGAGUAUGACUAUAAGCUCAUCGAUGAGGUGGCAACAAUUCGUACUAAAAAAAUGCAUUUGGUGUGGAAAGAAUUUAUCGAGCGCACUAAUAAAGUUUUAAGUAAAAGAGCAAAAAUUAAAAUCGACUUAGAUACUUUUAGAAGUUAUGUGCAAAGAGGCAGAUUUACUCUAGAAGUUUUAGAUGAAAAAAAUCCACAAUUCAAAUGGGAUGGUAUUUAUAAUGUAUGGAUUUUAAAACCAGCGUAUGCCAAUUGUGGGCUUGGUAUAGUUGUCACUAGAGAUGUUGAUGAAGCUUUACAGAUCGCUAAGAAGAAUGGUGUUAAACAGUAUAUAGCGCAAAAGUAUAUAGAACGUCCUUUAUUGAUUUAUAAGACGAAAUUUGACAUAAGGGCGUAUAUGUUAAUAUCCUUACAUAGCAACGGUAUAUUUAUUUGGAUGUAUCACGAGUGCUACCUUAGACUUUGUUCCAAUAAAUACACGAUUUCUGAUUUAAGAGAACGAGUACAUUUGACAAACAAUGCUGUGCAAAAAAACUUCGGAAAUGCAACAAAUCGUGACACCCGUUUGCCCACUAAUAAUAUGUGGAGUCUAAAGGAAUUCAAAAGUUAUAUUAAAGAAAUUUCAGGUAGUGAUACUAUAUAUAAUACAAUAAUAUUUCCAGGAUUUGUAAAUAAUGUGGUGACUAUUGCCACAGCAUAUCUUAAUGAUAUUAUAUAUACGAAAAAUACAUUCGAGCUUUAUGGUUGUGAUUUUAUGAUUGAUGAAAAUUUUCAUCCAAUUUUAAUUGAAAUAAAUUCAUCCCCCGCACUUACGGCUUCGACAAGUGUUACAGAAAUAUUAUGCCCAAUAGUAUUAAACGAUCUCAUAAAGGUUAUUGUGGAUUUUUCCAAAAAUCCCUACACAGAAACAGGACAAUUUCAAUUAGUAUUUGGAGUAAAAAAUAUUGAUACAUUUGGUUUGACAUCGUACAAUACUCCCAACAAUAGAGGACCAAUAUUUUCGUUAAUAGGAAAUGGAAGACUGACAACAACAAGGGAAGAAAAAAAUAAAUGUUUGAAUAUGAAGAAGAAGAAUGUCCAUAAUCAAGUUAAAAAACCAGUUAAAAUUAUACAGAAAAUUUUUACUCCAGCCAAUAAGAAGGUAACGGCGAAUGAUCCAGAAAUAGACAUUAAAAGAUUUGAAGAUUUAUUAUUUAGCGAACUUAAAAUGAAACCUAAUGUCAUUAAAGAACUCAAUGCUUCUGAAGACAGAAACCAGCAAAAAAGUUUAACGGCAGCGUCAGCUUUCAAACUAAACUUGAGGAAUAAGCCAGCCAGACAGAUGGGGAAAAACAAGUAAAUGUUCCAGCAAGUAAAAUUUCAAAUUUCAAAAUUCUAAAUUAAUACAAAUUAUUUAUUUGAUAUUCUCAAAGAUAAUUAUUGGAAAUAACUCUCAACAACUACGGACAA